AGUAGUACUCAUGUGAGAGGUGAAGUUGAUGUUCUUGGAGGAGUGUUGAUGAUGGGAGACACUGAUGAGGAGAGUUUUAGUGGAGUGGACAGAGAAGGAGUUAGACCUGGGUUGCUUUCUAGGUUCGUGUUCGAAACUAGGCUUAGGGAGAUGGAUAGGUUUGUGGCUGAGCUUGUUGCUGGAUACAAAGGGGAAGGGAAUGAUGGUGGUUCAGGGAGCCAGUUGUCUUUAGCUAAAGUCUUUUACAAGGCAGAGAUUAGUGAUUGGUUCUCUGCAGUUGCUAUUCCUGUUGGGGCGCGUUUUAGAGACAUUGAUGCUGCUCUUGUGUCUUCUUACCAGGGAAUGAAUCUUACAGAAGUUUCGGAACUUGGACCGCCUCUUUUAAACCAACAUAACGGUAGUGCCAUAGGUUUAACAUUCAGAAAGUCAAACAUCGCAGCUUCACUGGCUCAGUCCAUCACAAACCUUGAAGAUGAACAAGUUUUGAAUGCAGCAAACCGUUGUUUCAGAACUUUUGGGCAAGUAACCUGCAACAUUCUGAGGGGUGUAAAACUAUCUCUACUGGGCUGUCAACAGAUUUUAUCACCGUUUAACAACCUCCAUUAUUCUGCUGGAGCCAUUACAGUCCCAGUAAGUUUCCUAAGGCGCCGUAUUGCUAUGGAUCCUGAACCAUCAGCAGAGAUGAGCAGAGGCAUGGGUCAUGUGUCCUCUUCUAGUUCCAUUGCUUUGAGGUUAGACUCUUUAGUUGACGAGUCUACGAGAGUUGGGGGAUGGAUUGAAAUUCAGAACUCAAGAGAGAAGCAAGUGAAAUGGUCAGUUUCUAUUACAGACAAACCAGAGGAUGAAGUGGGAUGGGGCAUGAGCCUUGGGGGAGUCAUCGACGGUUCAAGAAAUCAUAAUCAGUUUCAGGUGGAAUCAUAUCUCAAAUUCAACAUUGAUCAUAGGUUUAGCUUAAGUCCAGGUCUUGUUUAUCUCACAAACAGUAACGGAAGAACAGUAGGUCUCAUGCUUCACUCUCAUUGGUCUCUGUAAUCUUACAUUCAUGGUUGUAUCUACCACUAAUUGCAAAUGUUUUAGGGAUGAAAAAAAAGUCCGACCAAAUCUAAUGUUAGCUGCUACAUUGGAAUAGUUAGCAUGUGACUGUACCAAAGGACAAAGAAAAAC